GCAGAUAACUAAGCUUUAUAUCUAUAUUGAUCUAUUGCACAAUUCUGUCUGAAGUGUUUUUCUGAGUUAGGAGGAUAUGUUAUUUUAAUAAAAUGCACAAUAGUUUUACUGAUUGUAACUCGAUUCGUAGUGUUUAUGCGUGGAAAUUAAAUGGGAAGAAACUAAUUAAAGCUGGGAAAAUCGUUAACAAAAUUCUCCAAACAUAGUGUACAGUAUGGACUUCAAACAAACAUUGACUAUGAGUGUCAACGGAUCAGGAGAGAUCCCGUCAGAACAGAUUGUUGGCAACAUGACAGUAAGGAAUGCCACUGAAAUAGCAUUGCCGGUUUUCGAUGAAAUAACCCUUGUUAAUCUUCUUGUCAGGGGCACAUUGUUCUUCUUGUCAUUGUUUGGAAACAUAUCAACACUUGCGCAGAUGUACCGAAUGCGUCGACGUAAAUCAACGAUAAACACUUUGAUAAUCAACCUUGCGACGGCGGAUCUGUUAGUGACCUUUUUCUGCAUGGGCGCCGAAGCAAUUUGGGCAGCCACGGUGCAGUGGUAUGCCGGAGAUUUCAUGUGUAAAAUAGUGAAGUUUAUGCAGAUAUUUGCUAUUAAUUUAUCGACCUAUAUAACAGUUGUGAUUAGCCUGGACAGGUGCUUUGUGAUCAUGGAUCCUAUUAGCCGACAUAAAGCACCCAGACGUGUCAAAAUCAUGAUUAUAGUUUCCUGGGGUCUGUGCGCGGUGUUCAGCAUACCUCAGAUUCUGAUAUUCAAAACAGCCAAAGGCCCGUUCCGCGAAGUCUUCGUGCAAUGCAUGGACCUCGGGUACAGUCAAGUGCCGUGGGGAAAGCGGGCGUACAGCAUCGUGUCCCUUCUCUUCAGUUUCAUAUUUCCUUUGCUCAUCAUGGGCGUUGCUUAUGGGCUCAUAUCGGGAACUAUCACAAGAAAAUCGAAAGAUUUUAGAGAUCCUGAGGAAAGUUCGGGAUCAUCUGAGUACGGACAGAGUCGUGGACAGGUCCGGAACCAUUUGUUUCGGAAAGCCAAGCGAAAGGCGCUUCGGAUGUCAAUCGUGAUUGUAGCAGCAUUCAUCAUUUGUUGGUCGCCGUAUUACUUUGUGUUCAUGUACAUAACAUUCCUCGAUCUGCGGGAAAUACCACGGGAAACGCUCAUGCCUCUCACAUUCAUUGGGCUGUCUAACAGUUUGAUUAAUCCCAUGAUCUAUGGGGCUUUCCAACUUUGCAAGGUGCAUAAACCAAGUUUCUUGAAAAGAAAAGAAUGGAGAAGCUACUCACUCCGUACCAAACACGGCGUGCGGAAUGUAAUGGAGCCAAACCAAUACGUGGUUGUCAAGCACAAAAACAUUGUACUACUCUGUCACGGCCAAGACGAACUACCAAAUGGGACGAAGGAUUUGAAGGACAAAAAGAAACAGCCUUGCGUUAUAGUCCUGUAUAAAGUGAAUUCCAGCAAAGAAAAUGUCAACAUUUUAGACUCAACAUCAAGUGAAAUACACAGUUCUUAUCCGGAACGGAACGAGUCAAGAUGAAACAAAUUCUAGUUGUGCUUUCAAAGUCUCAUGAGGUCCUUUUCUCGUUUGAAGGUAUAAACAGCAGAUAUUGUCGUUACAUAACGAUUGAGUUGGUCAAUUUUUAUAUAUCGGGUUGUCAACGAAUACCCGUAAAACGUUUCGUAUGCAUGUUGUAUAUCUGUUGUGGAACCAUUCUUUCAGCUUACACCUUGCGUUCACAGAUUCUUUAAAAUGAAAGGACAAUGGACGCUAAGGCUCGUGUGUUGCCUGACAAAAGCGAUAUAUUUUAAAUUUAAUUAAUGAGUUCAUUCAAAUCAAAUGGCAAGAAUUUUACGUCGACAUAGUAAUUGAAUUGUACCUUGAAUUGAUGACGUUUUGGGUACAUAAUUUGCUCAAAGUUGUUAAGUAAAAAAUGAAAUUAUAUUGUAUUUUGUUAAAACUUGU